CCUCCGCCGGAAUGUCCUGGAACAGCAAGAUGGCGGCUUAGCAACCGGGCGGCCCAGGCAGCGACCGAGCGGGGGUCCCUACCCUUCCCCGCACCGCACCGCCUCGCAGCGCCAAGCGGCGAAGUAAAGGGGGGGCGGGAGCCGGAGAGAGAAAUGAACGAAACCCGGAGACGAGACGCUUCCAUCCUCUGAGCGGCUCUCGGCUCUCGGCUCUCCGACGCGGCAGCCGGGAGGGGGGGUUACGCGAGGCCGAGGCUUUGCGGCCUGGUGUCCACUCCCCCCCCCCCCCCCCCCCCCCCCCGCGAUGGCGCAGGAGGAGCGGAUGGAGGUGGACCAUUGCGGCUGCGCGACGGCAGCGGGGGGCGGGGCGCUGCCGGCAGGGGGCAGUGGAAUGCCGGCACUGCGCAGGUCCAAUAGCGCCCCUAUGAUCAGCAACAUCAGUGAUUCUUCGCCAGUGUUUCAGCCAACCUCCCUCCGAUGUCGGAGGAGCAGUGCCUCGGUAAAUCUCGGCUGCCCGAGCUCGUCUUUCCCACUGUCACCAUUCCGAACCCUGAACAGUCGGAUUGACCAGAUUCGGCAGGAGGAGAGCAUGGACGUGAUGAACCGUGAAACUGCGCACGAGAGAGGGAUACACGCAGCCAUGCAGAUGAGCUGCUCGUGGGAGGAUGGCUUUACACUGUGUGAUCAGAUGGUGACGGCUGAGCAGGAAGACCGGGUAUUGAGCCUGCAGAGCGACGAUAUCUUCCCCCUCGCCCCUUCCCCAACACGGAUCGGCAAGCAGUACUUCUCCUCAUCCCAGCCAAUCCUCAUACCUAAAGGUGGUGUUACGCCAAAUUCCUCUCCCAGUCCCACUCGACGGUUUGGAAGCAGGAGAUGUGUCAGUCCGAGUGUUGCUAUACGACCCAGUGCCUUGGGACCAUUGAAGAGGAAAGGUGACAUGGAAGUGGAUUCCCCUCCGAAGAAGUUAUUUGUCAGCGGUGUCCCUGGACUCGGGCACGGUGAGACCCACCUGCUAAGACCAUCACUCUCGCACAGCCUGGAGAGUGUGAACAGCAGCCCCCCCCAGACAGUGCCUCCAUCGGGGCCCGAAGUCCCGGCCUUGCCAGCCGCCCCCGACAUCACUUUCACUUCGCCCUUUGCCUCCAUGGCUCAUCCGCCGGGAAUGUGAACCGAGAGAGAGAGAGAGAGAGACAAUCGUACAGACUCCGAGCGACGGGGAAACACAUGAAGCACUUUGAUAGAGGACGUUGUAUGAUAGCAUUCCUAAUCAGUAUUUUAUAGUCAACUGUAUAGUUAGCGAAACAAAAAUAACAGGGUGGCCGGUGAGUGGGCGGCAGGUCUCUCGCUGCUACCCAUUACCUGGGUCAGGCCACAGUCUGGUGGUGGAGCUUGACGCGCUGGGCUCGGACCCCAUUCGCUGCCCGUUGUACAUACCACUGUAUAGAUCGCUGAUGAAGACAUAAUUGAGUUGUCCGGCCCUCUGUAUAUACGUGCCAACAGGGCUGGAGACCAGGUCGACCCACCUUAUCCAUUGACAGGAUGGGGCAGUGCUCCCUGCCAGGGAGCGGCAGGAACGGACAGUCAUUGCCGCUUCACGAGGAGGGGGGGGGGGGGGGGGGGGGGGAGAGCCUGAGCCUGGCUGGUGGAAGGAGAAGGCUCCCCUCCCUCAAGGACAGCCUUGAGAGCGGCUGGCCGCAGCAAGAGGAUGUGCACCGAGUAACUGGACAAACAAACAUCGCUUGCAGAAACGAGAGCGAUGUGGCUUUUUGUUGCUCUAUCUGCUUAUAUACCUUAUGUGAAGUUGAUUUUUCCCUGGAUCAUUUAACCAAAAAUUUACACAUCAUUUAGGUCACCUUCUGUCUUGCCUUCAUUUGUCCGUUUGAAGCUGCCCCCGUCCGAGAAGGUACUGGCUGAGCUACAAAGGUUGGACUCUUGACUCCCACCAUGUACUCAUUACACAAGAUCUGUAUGUGUUGUCUGCAACUUAGUCGGGUCCCCUUACAGUGUUACGUUUGUCCCUCAAUUUACAGUGGUUUCCCUGUUGGACCAACGCCUUGUUUCAAACAGCCCGUCCAUAUGCUCUAGAGAUGCUGCCUGACCCGCUGAGUUACUCCAGCACUUUGUGUCCUUUGUCUAUUUCAAGCAUUGUUUGUUGCUCCCUACCCGGGAGGGCACGCUCCCGUCCGUCCCCACAAUGGAACCUCGUGUUUAGCUUGCCAGGUCUCCACUUUAUCACUGAAGCUGCGCAGGCUGCCACUUGUAACGUGACCGAGCCUCUCCUUCUGCACGGCUCCGUCACGGUGGUUUGUUGCUGUACAUAAGAAAUGGCUCACUAGUCCUACAGGCAAAGCAAUUAAAGGAAGGUUCCAUGGGGGAGAGGCAAGUGCACAAGCCACUAGUGACCGAGAACAGGAACAAUCCCAGUGUGCGGAGUUCUGGGAAGUUGUUGACAAAACCUGAAGUCACCCAGAAUUGUGCUAUCUUUGCCCGUGGAGAUGGUGCAAGCAGCCUGGCACCUUUUGAUUGCAAAGUGGUGGAUUCAUUCAGUGCAUUUCGUGCUCACAAAGGUCUACAGCAGGACCUUUGUUCAAAAGUCAUAGUAGCAGCAUGAGACCAUUCGUCCCAUCAGGUCCACUCCGCCAUUCAAUCAUGGCCGAUUUAUCUUUCCUCCUCAACCUCAUGCCCCUGUCUUCUGAGUUCUCCACAUAUCUUUUGACACCCUCACGAUUCAAGAAUCUGUCAAUCUCCGCUUUAAAAAUACCCCAAAACCUGUCCUCCACGGCUAUCAAUUCCACAGAUUCACCACCCUCUGACUAAAGAAAGUCUGCUUCCUCUCCUUUCUAAAGAUGCAUCCUUUUAUUCUGAGGCUGUGCCCUCAGGGCUGGCUGCCCUGUCUUCCCGACCACAAUCUGGUCAGUAUCAUAUCGUGAAACUGUUCGGCCCCAGGCCCCCGACCGACUGUAGCGAUUCUUUGCGAAUCUUGUCUCUUUCCUUCCCGCGGGUGGAUUCUGCGGAGCCUGCCGUCGCUGCCGGGUGGGGGGGGGGGUCUCGGCUUGUGGCCGAAACCCUCAUUUGCUGGUCAGAUGUCGGGACGGGGCAGAUGAGCGGCGAAGGACUUGAGCAGCACCCACCCCCCAUCCCCCCACUCCGUCCGCGCCCUUCGCAGCUUUGUCUUGUGGUCAGUGCGUGUCGCUGCCGCUCCCUGGAAGUGUAACAAUGUGCACGGUGAUUUACAGGUGGAUCCUGUGCGUGUUUGGGGGAAGCUACACCUGAAGAACUGACUCAUUGCACCUAAUUUUGUACCAAAGCCUCUUAAGAGAAGCAUGGAGUAAUUUUAAAAAGUAAUCAAUGUUUUAUUUUGAUUAUCUUGAUGCCUUUCUGUGCUUGGAUUCCAUUCACUUGCUGCUUACCAUUGUACAGCACCCUGGUUUUUAUCAGCUAGUACUGUGUCAUGCCAGUUCAUGUGCGAUGCCUCAACAGGUUUAAAAAAAAAAAAGAUUCUUUACUAAUCAGUGGUCUCGUGAAUCACUGAGUAUGGUUGACACGAUAUAUGAAGAAAAUAAAUCAUAAUUGGUGCCAAUUUUAUAUUUUUAUAUAAUAUUUAUAGAUACACAAUGAGAGUUCUCUGACUUCUGCCUAUCCAGAGAGGCUGGACUUGUCUAUUAUUGCCACUCGUUAUGUCAUUUGAAACAAUAAAUUUGUUAAUUGCUAGGA